AGAAUUAAUCAAUUAUAUUAUAAAUCAUCACUAUACACCCUCUUAUAUAAGUUACAUGUAAUAUUUUGAUGUACGCGCAUGAUGAAACGGCUUCUUAGAUCUUCAAAAUCAGAAGAAAUUCAACCUUUUCCAUCUCGACUACGGAAAUGCAUUAAAAGAAAUGCGCAAGAACUGAAAAACAAGGUGAAAUGCAAACCCUUAGAAAAAUUUAAAGCAAAAGAAAAUGUUUUAUUAAAAACCAUAGACUUAAAAACAAACAAUAGCAAACCUAUUGAAUUUCAAAAUUUUCUUGAAGAGAGGGAAGUAGUUGGAUCAUUUUCUAAAACAUGUGAACAUGUUUGUAUCAUCGGAUCCAAGGGGUCAGGUAAAACAACCGUAUUAGCCAGGUUCAUUGAUGAAGCAUACGCAGGUCGCAUUCCUCAAAUUGAAAAUGAACAUGUUUUACAUGUCAUAAACUGCCACCGCUUUGAUGCAAACGAGGAAAUCACAGUACUUGAGUUUCUUUUUGGCGACUUUGGCGAAGAAACAGUAACACUUGGUGAAAAACGAGAGGGAUAUGAGUGGAUGAAAAACAAUCCCACAAAACUUACAUUCGUGGUGGACUCUCUAGAAUCACUUCGUUAUCCUAUUAAAGAAGACAAUACAGUAGGGCAUUAUGAUCGCGCAACUCCUGGUACUAUCCUACGCAAUCUGAUAGAGGGCAAUUUAUUCAUUUCCUGUGCAGUACUCACCACAUGCGAAGCAACAAAAUUCGAAGAGCGAGUCGAUGGGGACGACCAGCUGCCCGUUGAAAAGACUAUUCUUGUGUCCGGAUUGUCACCAGCGUCGAUAAACAGAAUUGCAUCAAAAUAUCUUGGAGAAGAGCGUUUCAACAAGUCUUUUGUUUAUCUUAAAAGCGUGUCACCGUAUUUAAUGACUUUAUGUGAGAACCCUACUAUAUUAGUUUUAACAUUGGCAAGCAUCAAAAACUGUGACGAUCCUGAGUUUCUGCCUAAAGGCAUUUCAGCCGUAGUGAUUAAAAUUUUGAAUCGCAUUAUCGAGAAAUCUAAAGAUGUGGAUUCUGAAAACAUCGUCAUCACAAUAGAAAAGUUGAAGUUUCUAGCUUUCCACAUAAAAAGAAAAAAAACUCCUGAUAUAACUUCUGACCAACUCCAAGCGACAGGACUCACAUCUAAUGUUCUACUAAGCAGUUGGUUUGUUCUAGAUGGCAUUCCACUGAUUAAAGUGGUUGACAGCAGUUCACCUGGAGAAAAAGACUUGCAAUUUAUGCACCCAGUUUUAAUUGAUGUACUUUUUGGAUUAUUCAUCGCUGAGCUAGAAUGGGAAAAAUUCACAAAAUUUGUGGAAAAUUUCUUCAGUAGCAGUCGUUAUUCGCCAAUUGCAAGAUAUGUUGGAGGAUGCAUCAUGGACGAAAAAUUAUUUGAAGAAAGCCUAAAUUGUUAUGCGAUGAACACAGUUCGAUUAACUCAGCUCAGGAACGAUAAAGAUCGCAAAUGUACUCUUUUAAAAGGAAGUCUAACAUCCUGGUUACUCGAACUUGAAGAUACAUUUGAGCUCGACAAUCAGCUGAAUUUAUUCCACACCAUAUGUGAAUGCGGCAGAGAAAUUAAGCCUAUUGUGUACUUGAAUAUCGACAAGGUAAAAUUGUGUCGUUUUGGAUCAUGGAUUCUCAACAGUGCAGAUAUGUGUGCCCUUGCUACAAUCAUAAGUUACCGUGUGGAGCUUGAACAGCUGACUCUCACCGAUUGCCCUGUCUCACCAAUUCUCCUCGACACACUUCAGAGAUGUAUACGUGCUAUCAAUAAAUUCAGCAAGGUACAAAAUUUUGCUCUGAAUAUCGAGGAAGGUGAAAAAAUUGCCACUGAGGAAUAUAUUCAUUCCAUUACUGGACUUCUUAUGUAUACAUCAAAUAAUAUGGACCUCAGGGGAUGGCGAUUGAACAACAAUGGAGUUUUGUUAUUGCAGAAAAUGCUGAACGAUCUUCAAAAAUAUAGUCUUAAAAUACAGACAGGCGCUGAAAAAUUCAUUGUUACUCAAAGUAAUUGGUAUGACGCCACCCAGAAAGAAAUAACACCGGAAGGUGGCAGUGUUUCGUUGCACGAUUUCAACUUUGAUUUUCCAAAGGGUUCAUUAACAGACAAAACGAAGGUGCAGUUGGAAAUGACCAAUUCGCCCCCCGAGUAUCCAGAUGCCUACAUAAUUAUUUCAUCAACGGUAAACGUAUCAAUCAACGCUGAAUUAUGGAAGCCCUUGAACAUUAGCGUAAAUCCUUGGGUAUGCAAAGACGAUAACGAUGAUGACGUUAUAUUAGAAGUGCUCCACUUGGAAGAAGGAAACGAUUCAUGGGCGGCGGUGGAGUCUAUGCCGUUUUCGGACGAAAGCGACGUGGAAUUUCAAUGUCAGAGUUUCAGCAAGAUUUCACUUGCUAUUAAAAUUCUUUUCGGACACAAAGUCAUUUUUCCUAUAAGUGGUGUGUUUUGUGUUAACAAAAACAUUUGGUGCGUGUGGUUUUAUAUUGACACUAAGGCCACUAGAAGCGAAGCAAUGGAAAAUCUCAAACAAGAGGGAUAUAAACAUCUGUGUUCGUUUAACACAGUGUUUGCAAAAUUUGGAGAUGAAAUUGAGGUCAAAUCAGAAAUCCUACCGCCUGAUGAAGGUUUCACUUUUCGAUUUCGACAUAAACUGAGCUUCAAGCUGAAUAUUAAACUGUGGAAAUUUAGACUUCCCCACUUGACGUAUUAUCUGGAACAUGAAGGACCUGUCAGGAAAGCAUGCACUCUGAAAAUCGGAUAUGACAUCAUGCUAAAUAACGCACAAGCUGAUAAUGGAUUUGGAUAUUUUGAACACGAUGUCGAGGCCACACUGGAUAGAAGUUUUUCGCAACCUAAGAAGCGCAUCGAAGACAUUAUAAAUGAAAUUCCAACACGCUUCUCUGCGGGAAAAUUUAAAACUUUUUCACUUUCGAAACGAGGCUUAUCUUUGGAUAUAUCGGAAGUAGACCAAAUAGAUAACGAAAACCAGAAAAUAAACGAUAAAAUACGAGCUAUGGUCAUGGCGUGGAAAGCAAAAAAUGGAAACAAUGCAACUGGCGAAAAACUAUCAAGAAUCAUUGAAACCUAUUUUGAUGAAAAUCCAACCGCCGACAAUACCGAACGUUUACUUUUGGAAAGAACUUACGACGAAGUGGCUUCUCAUUAUGGCUCGUUUCACGAGUGGAUCGGAUUUGCCAGCUCGGAGAAUGGUUUGAAUAUACCAUUACAAAUAAGAGAAAAAUUUAUCGGAAAUCAGGAGAACAUCACCCGAAAUCAAAAAUUAGAGAUGUUACGGUAUUGGACUGAAUCGGCUGGUAGUUCAGUAAGCGCUAAAAUGUUGGAAGAAGUUAUGGAAACUUAUGAUCAAAAAUCAGCAUAGAUUUUGACAUUUCAGCGUGUUGAAUUACGUUAUCGCCAACUUAGAGAAUAUCGUCGAUGGUUAAUGAACAAACUUCGAUGGAAGUUUAGUGGCUCAAUUAAUGUGUAUUGGCAAAAUAUCAUAAAACUAUCAGACCUUCACGAUUUGUUCAAAAAACACCUUUUAUUUUGAUGAACUUGACUCUAUACACAUUUGGAAAUACCAACUAUUUUACAUUUUCCCAGCCAGCUUGGACUGGUAACUGAAUCGGAGUCGUGGGCAUGGUCAUCUUCCCGGCAUUCCUGGUCGUUGAUGUGCUAAAUUAUGAAUGAACUCUUUACUCUGAGAGAAUGAAUGGGGGAUAUUUCUAUUUUAUUCGUGUGAUUUAGAAACGCUACUGCCUAUUUUUUUUGACAAUUCCAAUAGUACAUUGUAAAAUUAUUGUAAAAUGUAAUAUCAUAACGAAUAUGUAAAAAUACCUAAGUGCGAUGUAAUUAAUGUAUGCAAAAUCGUAUAUUGUCAUGUUGAAUUAUCCCAAGAAUACGUAUUUCUUAACUUUCUAUCCUCUACA